AUGCCUCGUUUCCAGCUCCCAAUCGCAGUCGCGCUAUCAGUCAGCGCUCUUGGAAGUUUAGUCGCGCUCUACCUCACCCGAAAUGUGGAAGGCAAGAUCCAACUCCCUCUACACGACAAUGAAGACGACGAACAUCUCAAACAUGAUCCCUUCGACGUGACGACCAUCGAGGAUGUAACAGACGGGUACCCAAUUGACGGGGAGAGGUUUUGGGCAAGGAUGCGGUGGAGGAAAAUAUUCAUCUCAUCGUUGCUUGCCGUAUGUCUCGCUAUAUGUGGCGUGUCACUGGGAUGGUCAAUAGCAGAAGAUAACCGUUUCGACAUUGCAGUGUGCUCGUUACACGUCUUCUUCGCCCUCUACGCUUUCCUGCUUUCCGCGCGCUCUGUUGGUCAAACGGACGACGAGCAUUCACAAUCUAUCAUCCACCUUACGUCCCUAAUGACCGUAGCGUUCCUAUUGCUGGGUUCUUCUGCACUUCUACCCGACUAUUCUCCACCAGUACCAGCCACCGUUCGCCAAUUCUCCGCACUUUUGGCACUGUGGUACACGCUUGUUGCCCUGUACACGGUCGUCUGCGUCCUCUGUUUCACUACUCCACUCGGCCCACCUCUCCAUUACGACCCGGCCGAUAUCUACUCGGAGAAAGUUGUUCAAUCAAUUACGAACAUGGACGAAGCAAACGUCUGCGGGCUUACUGGUGCAUCCCCUUGGGACGUCCUCUUCUUCUCGUACACCACGAAGGUCGUUUGGUUAGGAAAUGUCGCGGAGAGCCUUGACAUCGGCGACCUGCCCAUCGUCCCGGCGAACAUGCGGGCAACGUACAACUAUGCUUCCAUGAAGCAGGCCAUGCGCACAAUGAAAAUGCGCAUAUUCUCCUGGGCCCCUGCUCCCGGCACGGGAUGGCAAUUGGCGUACAGGCUUUUGCGUUUGAAUUACCUCGCAUUUCUCGCGUUGCUUCUGCUUGCUUCGGUCGCGGCUUGCUUGUUCUACACGCCUGCUAUGUUCUUGAAGCAGCUCGUCAGAUAUCUCGAGAUAGAUCAUAAUAGAGAACAGACCGGUUGGGGUUGGGUGUACGUCGUUGGUCUCUUCAGCGCUAACGCUAUUUGCUUCCUGAUUACCGGCCAGCUGUGGUCCUUAUCCACGACGACCCUCCAAGUCCGCCUUAAAGUUCAACUUAACACUAUCCUGUUCGCGAAGACCCUUAUCCGUAAGGACGUGGCCUCUUCCGCGCCUCCUGCUCAGUCUGCCGCAAAGGACGGUGCUGAAAACGGAACAGCAUUAUCGCCAGUAGCUGAGGAUAAGAAGAAGGAAGACGACGACGAGAAAGACUUUUCCAGCAAGGCUCAGAUCAUGACUUUGAUGACAACCGAUGUUGAUCGGGUCAGUGACUUCGCGUGGCAUGCCUUCUCUCUCGUCGAUGCACCCAUCGAGAUUGUUAUUGGGACGCUCUUCCUGUAUAACCUCCUUGGUGUUUCUUGUUUCUUCGGGUUGGCCGUAACGUGCCUCUUCCUUCCUAUGAACCACUACGCUGGUAAAGUCGUGGUCGGGGCUCAAGAGAAUCUCAUGAAAGCUCGCGACGAGAGAGUCGCGCUCAUGAACGAAAUCCUCGGUGGCAUUCGCAUGCUCAAAUUCAUGGCCUGGGAGCGCAGCUUCGAAAAAAGAGUUCUCGUCAUCCGCGAUAAGGAACUCAAAUACCAAAAACUCAAUUACACGAUUGAGACCUUGUGGAAUGCGAUCUGGAACGGCUCUCCGAUUCUGGUUACUCUUGUUUCGUUCUAUCAUUUUGCCAUUGUCAGAGGCCAAUUGUUGACGCCUUCAAUUGCCUUCACAUCCAUCCUGGUCUUCUCUGAGAUGAAAUUCGCUCUCAGUGCGCUACCCGAGACCUUCAUCAACCUCCUCCAGAGCUUUGUAUCUCUACGCCGUAUCGAGAAGUACCUCGGUGGUGCCGAAGUCAACCACGUCGCACCCCUCUCCGAGCAGUCCAAGACCGUCGCAUUCCAAUCCUGCACUGUCACCUGGCCUCAAGACCGCUCUGUCGGCUCAGUCAAUGCCAGUCGUGCCCCUUCUGUUGCGCCGACACCUAAGCACAAGUUUCUGCUUGUCGACCUCACAUUGAACUUCCCACAGAACGAGCUGUCGCUCAUCUGUGGCAAGCUUGGGUCAGGAAAGACGUUGCUCCUGUUGGCGCUGCUUGGCGAGGCCGACAUCCUCGCUGGUCAGGUGCUCUGCCCGAGAUCCCCGCCAGAUUCGCUGGCUUCAUUCUACAGGAAGAAAGUGAGGAAGGAGGAGUGGAUCGUCGACGGCAUUUGUGCAUUUGUGCCCCAGGCUGCUUGGUUGAGGAACGCCUCGAUUAAGGAUAACAUUUUGUUCAACCUUCCGUACGACGAGGAGCGUUAUCAGAAGACCCUCGAGGUCUGUGCUCUGAUUAGCGAUCUGGACAUCCUCGAGGAUGGCGAUGAAUCAGAGAUCGGAGAACGUGGUGUCAAUCUUUCCGGUGGGCAAAAAGCCCGAGUGUCGUUGGCUCGUGCUGUCUACUCAAGAGCAUCCAUUCUCUUCCUUGAUGACGUUCUUUCUGCUGUCGACGCUCAUACUGCUCAUCACCUCUACCAUGAGUGCCUCAAAGGCGAGCUCAUGAAGGGUCGUACCGUCAUUCUCGUCUCACAUCAUGUGCAGCUCUGCGCACCUGGAGCCAGCUACGUCGUCGCCCUUGACAACGGUCGAGUGCAAUUUGAGGGUCCCAAAGACGAAUUCUACUCUUCCGGCGCCAUUAAGACCCUAGUGCAAUCAACAAGUACUGCCGAUCAGGAGGAUGACAAAGAGGAGAAAGAGGCCCUGGAGGAAGCAGAAAAACGAAUCCUUGCCGCCGAGGCAGAAUCGGGCUCUGAGGCGAGCUCGACUGUUGCUACCUCGACACCUGCUUCCGUCAAAUUGGACAAGAAGCCGGCAAGGAAACUGGUCGAGGAAGAGAAGAGAGCUGUUGGGCGGAUCAGCCGUGAUAUCUGGGAGACCUAUGUCUGGGCCUGUGGAAAUGGGUGGUACUGGGUGGUCUUCAUCUUCAUCCUCAUCGUCGCUUCUGCAAGUCCUGUUCUAGAAAACGGCUGGCUAAGACAUUGGUCUAAUUCCGCUCUCAAUGGCGGAGGAGACAGUCCAGGCUUUUAUAUCUCGGUAUACGCCAUCAUAACCACCCUCGGCCUUGUAAUUGGCACCGUACGAUGGUUCAUCCUCUAUAAUGGCUCCAUUCACGCUUCGGAUGUCUUGUACAAGCGCCUUCUGGAGGGGGUUCUGUUCGCCGACAUCAGGUUCCAUGACACAGUCUCGCGCGGCCGCCUCCUCAACCGUUUCGGAAAGGACUUUGAAGGUAUCGAUAGCAGUUUAUCAGACAACUUCGGACGAAGUAUAAUGUAUGGACUAUCGGCAUUCACAACAAUCGCUACGGUUAGCGUUGUGGGCGGGCUUCCUUUCAUGAUCGCAGUCGGCAUCCUGGGAGUCCUGUAUUGGAAUGUCGCUAGAAUUUACGGACAGACGUCCAGGGAUAUGAGGCGGCUCGACUCGGUGACGAGAUCGCCUCUAUACUCGAUAUAUGGCGAGACGAUUGCAGGAGUUACGAUUAUUCGAUCCUUUGGAGCCUCAUCGAAGUUCUUGAGAGAUAUGCUUCGAUGUGUGGACACGAAUUCAAAUCCUUAUUACUGGAUGUGGGGCGUCAAUCGCUGGCUCUCUGUUCGUUUCAACCUUCUCUCCGCGGGAAUUGUCGGUGCCACCGGUGUCGCCUGCCUCAUUACGCCGAGUAUUAGCGCUUCAACAGCCGGUUUCGCGCUCGCCUUUGCUUCCACUAUAACUGGCGAUCUUCUCUUCAUGGUUCGCCGUUUUGUUGGCUUGGAGCAAUCCAUGGUUGCCCUGGAACGAGUAAAGGAGUAUACGGAACUGAAACGAGAGCCUCCUGAGUUCAUUGAACCUCGUCCGGCAACCAAUUGGCCGUCUGAGGGAGACAUUAAAUGCGAGGACUUAGUUAUUCGCUAUGCUCCCGAAUUGCCAGACGUCCUUCAUCACCUCAACUUUGAAAUAAAACCCGGUGAAAAGGUUGGCAUUCUCGGACGGACAGGGUCGGGAAAGAGCACCUUGGCGCUUUCUUUCUUCCGAUUCGUCGAAGCCACUGGGGGCAGGAUCCUCAUUGACGGCAUCGACAUUGCCAAAAUUGGUCUGACCGACCUGCGCGGCCGGUUGACGAUUAUUCCCCAGGAUCCUACGAUCUUGAGCGGAUCUCUUCGGUCCACGCUAGAUGUCUUCGAUGAGUAUCAAGACGCCGAAAUUUAUGAAGCAUUGCGACGUGUUCAUCUCAUCCCAUCAGAGGAUACUCCCGAGGAGGCAGCUGACACAGUCAAUGCAAAUGUCUUCCGCAAUCUUGACUCGACGGUUUCUGAGGGCGGCGAAAAUUUCUCGACAGGCGAGAAGCAACUCUUGUGCAUGGCUAGAGCUAUCCUCAAACGCUCAAAAGUUCUCGUGAUGGACGAGGCAACAGCUAGCGUCGAUUAUGCAACGGACGAGCUGAUUAGCAAGACAAUUCGACACGAAUUCGCUUCAAGCACGAUAUUGACGAUCGCCCAUCGAUUACGCACUGUGAUUGACUAUGAUAAAGUUAUGCUUCUCGAGCAAGGUCGGAUAGUCGAAUUUGACCGGUACGAGCCCUCCUACACGUAG